AUGCCUGACAAGGUGCUCCUGACCACCCUCGGCAUCAACGUGCUCUUCCUGGCCACCGGCGCCCUCGAACUCGGCUUCUGCCUCGUCGUCCGGGGCCUGCUCGACAAGGAGCCCGACGACGGCCGCGAUGCCGUCCGCCACCUGCUCCAUCGCCAGUUCCCCCUCGACGCCGGCGUCGCCAAUGCCAGCAUCAUCCUCGCGACCUCGGUCUUUGCCCUCGCCGGCCUCGCCUCCAAGGGCCGCUCCAUGCUCAAGCUCAGCGGCUAUCUGAUUUCGUUUUGCGCCAUCUUCACGCUGUGUCUCGGCGUCGUGCUCUGGGUCAUGACGCUGCGCGUCAAGGAGCAGUUCUUCCCUGUAUAUCUCGACCAGGAGCCGUCGGUACAGUCGUCAAUUCAGACUUCGUUUGGAUGCUGUGGCUACUUUAACGCCUCCACACCGGCCUUUAUUACCGAUUCGACGUGCCCGAGCCCGGCCGCCGCGGCCCUGUUCCGCGGCUGUGCGACGUCCAUCUCUAGCUUUGCCAACAUUGCGCUCGACGUCAUCUUUACUGCCCUCUUUGGCAUGGUUGGCGUCGACGCCGUCUUUAUCCUUUCCAUUGCCGCGCUCGUCAAGGUCCGCAAGGAGCGCGAGCGUUACCGCCACAUUGACGAAAAGGGCGGCUUCCAGCAAUUUUAG